AACCAUUCUUGAGAAAAUCGUACGACUAUCACGUGAGUUAAAAGUGUGUCACAAGUUGUCAAGAAGGAAAUAAUUUUUACUAUAAGCAUAAGGUGGAGCCGCAGAAAAGAAUGGACAAAUUUAUAGCUGCUGUUAUCCUGGUUGUGUGUAUGUCUGUAGAUUUCAGCUCAGGCAAAACACCAUUCCAUACUUGUAAAAGUGCAUCAUCUAAAGUAACCAAUGUAGUUAUUCCAGGAUGUGAUGCACCACCUUGUAAGCUGAAGAAGGGAUCAAAUGCUGCCUUGUCGAUAUCAUUUACUGCAGGAGAGGCAUAUACAAAGAUAACAGCUGAUGUACAUGGUGUAAUUAGUUACAUACCAGUUCCAUUUACACCCCCAAAUGUGGAUGGAUGUCAUCAUAGUGGACUAACCUGUCCUUUGACAAAGGGAAAGAAUUACGUUUACAAUAAUACCAUUCCCGUUAAAAGCAGUUACCCAGAUUUGCAACUUGUGGUACGAUGGGAGCUUUUGGAUGAGAAUAACAAAGACAUUCUAUGUGUUGAAGUUCCAUGUGAAAUAUCUAAUUAGAUACCAAAAAGCACAAACAAUCCAAACAAGGACCUCUUUUCCAAAAAUAAACUGAGAAAAAUCUCCCCCAAAUUUGAUAACAAUAGAUCCAAAAAGUGAGUUCCGAAGAAAAAAAAUGAAGGUUCGGGUUAUUAACAACCCUUACAAUAGUUGAAAAAUAUUUUAAUGUUAACAUUAAAGGUAAUUACCACUCUGGUACAGUACACAUGAAGAGAUUCAGUUUAAAUCACUGUUGCCGGUGUUGAGUGAAUCACUAUGAAACAGGGUGAUUGCUGGUGAUUGAAGGUGAUAGCACUCUGUUAUAUAUUACACAGAGUGAUAUCACUCACAUUCACAAUUGAUGUGUGUUGUGAAAAUUCCACACCAACAGUGAUGUAUGAACUAAUCAUUGUGUGUACUGUUUUACACUGCUUUGAUGACAGAGUCUCAUAUAUUGGUAUUUGUUUUAUUAAUGUUUGUCACGAUUACGAUAUUGUUGUUACGUAUAUAUGUUCAAAAGGAUGAACCAAUGUAACAUUUUACUUCAGACAAUUCCUAAUCGAUUAUUAUAUCAAGUUUUUAGAUGCAAUAAUGAAAUUUUGAAAAUGAAAUAUCAUAUUUUCUUCUAGCAAAUGUUUCCUUGCCUUAUUUGAAUAAAGACUUUCCUUUUCAAGAUAAGAAUAUGUCUGCUUGCCUCAAUAAAAAGGAAAGUGAAAAAAGUCAUAGAAAGUUAUAUUUCCAAAUUGUCUGUAGACCAAGAUUCACUAAUAUUUAAGUCUAAAAAUAUAGCUCACAUUUAAUUUAAAAUAUGAAGGCAACUGUGCAUAUUUCAGUUAUAAAAUAAACACAAUGAUUUUUUUUUAUUCCUGAAAACUAAAACAAAAUCAUGUAUAGACAUGUUACUUGUACAUCUUUGUUUACAUGUGUCUGUUGUUAUUUUUGUAAGUCAGUUUUGAGAUGAAUGGGUUGGUCAUUGAUGCUCUUCCAUAUGUAUGAGUGUACAAAUUACAAAUAUUUGAUCUUUAAUCAAUUUUUAUAGUGUAUUGAUUUAAAAUAAUUGUGUUCAGGUUUUUUCUUGAUCUGUAUUUAGAGUGCUUUUGCGAAUAUGCCUGAAUUGUGUGGAAAUUGAGUGGUAAAAAAGUGUUAUUUUGUUGGUCUACUAAUUUCUUAUAGCUUUAAAUAACAUCAGACCCAGCAACGUUUACUCAAAGUCCGUACUGUAAGUGCUUGUUAACUAAGCACUUGUUAACACACUGCUGAAGUGGGAUUAUUUUUUAUGAUGCAUAAUAUGAAUGUAUAAAAGCAAAGUCAUAAUUGUAUAAUGAAACUAUGUACUUUGACCUAUAAUGGUUUACUUUUACACAUUGUGACUUGGAUGGAGAGUUGUCUCAUUGGCACUCAUACCACAUCUUCUUAUAUCUAUGUGAUUAUUCUUGUGUUGUUUAAAUUGACAGAGAACUUUUAAUGCCCUUUCCCCUCCUCUGGUAAAUCACACAUUGUAGUAUGUAAAUUUUACAUAAAAAAAUACUUAUUUUUUUAAAUGCUUGAAUUCAAGAUUAAGCCUACAGACCUGUCUCAAUUAUAUCACUAUUUGGAUUUGCUACACAUCAUUUUCAAAAGAUGUUCUAUUCACAUUUUUGGGUUUUUUUUUUAUUUUCCAAUGACAUUGUAGUUUAUGAUCUUUUAUUGUUAGGAAGAAAUCUCUUUGAAAUAUGAUUAAUGAUCUGUUAUAGCUAUUGUAAUCUUAAAAAUAAGAGAAUAUCAUUCUUGCUUUUAUAUUGUCACUUCACCUUUAUAUACAAUGAAUAUUUUAUAUGUCUAUUUUCAAUAAAAAAAAGUCUUUCUA